GCCCCGAGGUCAAGCAGAGACGCGCGCAGCCGCCGCUGCUUGGGGUCCGGUCAUGUGGGGCUGCCGCGGGCUGAGCUGCGCAGCCCGGGUUCUGCUUGGUGUCCCGCGGGCGGCCGGGGGCUGGACCAGCGGCCGCCGCCCGCUGCAGCCUGUAAAUGUGAUCUUUCGAAAUCUUGACACUGCUGCUGAUUGUAGUCUUUCGUAUAAAGAACUCAAAGGCUUGCUAAAAUCCCAAACAACUCUUAUUGAUGUUCGAGAGAAGUGGGAAAUUGGACAGUUUGGAAAAAUUCCUGGAUCCGUCAACAUACCAUUGGGUGAGGUUGUGGAAGCUCUGCAGAUGAACCCAAAAGACUUUAAAGAACGGUACAAUCAAGAUAUGCCUGCUAAAUCUGACCAUCUAGUCUUUUCCUGCAUGGCAGGAGUGCGAAGCAAGAAGGCAUUGGAUAUUGCUAUGUCUUUGGGCUUCAGCAGAGUUCAGCACUAUGCUGGUGGCUUGGAGGAGUGGGCAAAAUAUGAAUCGCCAGAGAAAAAACAAUGAAGAUAAAUUUUGGAAUAUAAGCCUUGUUAUAUAGUACUAGCCUUGUGUAAAUUUCAGGACACUAUCUUGUAUGAAAUAAGAUUGAGAAUGUAGUCUGAAGGAGAAUGAUUGUUUAUAUAUGUAAAGUUAAUACACUGUUAAAUAUACUGGUUAUCUUGAAUUUAAAUUGAUUGAGAGUCGAAGAUUACAUGAGUAGACUGUUCAUUCUCCUUUGGUCAUAUGUUAAAAUUACUGUGGAAUUACUCCAUGAAGAAAACUUAACGUAAAGCUAAGGACUUCAAUGUAAAAACUGAACAUGCUGUACUAAAAUAUAUACAUAUACAUCAUAGUAAUGUGUAUAACAGGGGAUCAUGAUUAAACUUAGUGAUGAGUAAGACUUUAUACAAGUCAUUUUGUUAUAUAUUCCUCUUGGCACAGUUAUCUAGAAACAUGUCAGAUUGCAGUUAUGUUAAUUGGGUUAGAAUGAUACUUUGCAGAUAAGUACCAAUUUAUUCUGAGUAUAGCAGCUGUUCUUAACCUGUCUGUCUUGUCAGGAGGGCAAAUAGGAAGGGAGGAACAGAUCCUGCAAACACAAGAGGUGACACUCUCAAAUUUGACUGCAAAAUGUAAUGAGUCUGGCUAUAGGGAGCUAUGCCUGGGUACUUCAAGAAAGGGAGAGAGCCCACGUGCUGCACAGCUACGGUCAGGCUGCCAAUGGCAUCAAGGCACAUAAAUAAGCAAUGCUGCCAGGGAAGGGGCUAAGCUGCAACAUGAAACUUCGCUGCACAAAUGCCUCAAUAUCCACAAGCUUCCCAAUGAAUCUUGGGACAUUUGCACAAUUACAGUAUUGUGUCCCCUGAUCCGACUACAUGCUGCUGUCCUCACAUCGGGGAUGAUGCAUCAGAAAAAUCCACACAGUAAGCCACAAAGAAUUUUAUAAAUUCAUUUUCCCUUCCCAUGGAGUUUUUCUGCAGGAAAGAAUGGUUGGGCCAUGUGACCAGAAAGAGAAAUCAAGUGAGAUUUAGAAAAGGAAAAAAAAAAAAAAAAAGUUAACUGAUAAGUGCCUAAAGAGACCUUAUAAAUGGAAGCUUUCAAAUGAAGCAUUUUAAAGAAAAUUAUUAGGUUGUUUAGCUCCAAUGUUUCACAAAAAUCUAAUACUAACAAGCUUUUUCACAACCAUUUCAAAAACUUGAUUUAAAAAUGAAAACAUUUCUGUUUAAAGUUGAAAUAUUUUUCUUAAUAGAUUAUAACACAAACAUAGCUUUUGUGCUAGUGCAUGAAAACCAAAAGGAAACUAGUCUACUCCAAGGGGAGCAUAAAUUCUAGUAAACAUCCACAAUCUUACAGAUGAGAGUGGUCACAAACAUCCUUCUUUGGAUAAUGGUAAGAGCUGAUUAAAAAAACCUAACUUAAAAAGUAUGUAACAAAACAAGUGACUGUGUCAUUCAUUUAAUCAGCCGGUAAUCUUCACCAGAAAAUGAAACUAACUAGUCUGUUGUUUUCUUUGUCCAAGAGGAGUGAAGAACUAAAAGCAACAUCAAUGGAAAAAGUUAGAUUUUUAAAAUAUUUCAGUGUUCAUAAAUCUAAAGUAAUCUAAGUAACAUAAACAAGGAAAUAUGUGAUUGUUAACUUAUCAGUAUCCUUUUAAAUCUUGUUGGAUUACAAAAUUAGAGUAUUAUUUUAUUUUGUCCUCAAGGAACUUUAGGAUAGUUAAACACGAGUACUCAUUCAGUUAUUUUGUACUAUAUGAGUGUUAAUACAGCCUAAUUAUUUGUGACCAGAUUUUACAGAGUACUUUAAUCUUGGUAAUUGUAAAUAAGAAUAGCUAUGCCAAAGAGAAAUGCACCCGAGCAUACAAAUGGGGGAUGGCAAACUAGAGUGAACUCUGUAAGUGCCCUCAAAAAAGUCACUAACCUUUCUGCCUCGGUUUCUCCUCCCAGACAACUGAGAAACUACUACAUUACCUACUUUACAGGAUGGUUCAGAGAGCGUAUUUAAAUCGCACUUUGCACAAAGUGCUAGUUUAAGAGUCUCUUCUCCCUUAGGGCUUUGUCCUGCAAGAUACUUAAAUGCAGGGCCAGCUUUAGGAAGCACGGGGCCCAAUUCGAACAGUUUCGACGGGACCCCAGCAGGGAUGACUAAAAAAAAAAAAACCACCACCACACACAUGUAAAAAAACACAUGGGGCUUGUAUUCACCCGGCGGUGCUCUGAGUCUUCGGUGGCAGGUCCUUCACUCACUCCAGGUCUUCGGCAGCACUGAAGGACCCGCUGCCAAAGUGCCGCUCAAGACCCAGAGCAAGCGAAGGACCCACCACCAAAGUGCUGCUGAAGACCCGAAGCACCGCCAGGUAGGUAAAAAUUAAAAUGGCGCCCCUAGCCAGAGAAGGGAUUCUCACUGGGCGUGAGGCCCUCUUAGGCGCGGGGCCCAAUUCGGGUGAAUUGGUGGACUAGGCCUAAAGCCGGCCCUGCUUAAGUGUUCUGAUCCUUAUGACACGAAGCACUUAAGCCCGGAUUUUUAAAGAUAUUUAGGCAUUGCUGUGCUAAGCAUUGCAAUGCCUAACUGAUUUAGAAGCCUAGUUUCAUUUUCAAAAGUGAUUUUGGGUACAUUAACGCUGGGGAAAAAAACACAACCCUGCAGCAGUGAGUCUCAGAGCCUGGAUCAACUGACUUGGUGACAGGGGUGGAUCUCAGAGCCCAGGCUCCAAUCUGAGCAGGAACAUCGACACUGCUACUGUCAGCCCCCUAGCACAAGCCCAAAUCGGUUGACUCGGGUCUGAGACUCACUGCUACACUUUUUGCUUUUUUUCCUGCAGUGUGGAUGUGCCCUAAAUCACUUCUAAAAAUGAAACUUAGGCAUUGCAAUGCUGAGUACAGCAACACCUACAUUUCUCUGAUUUUUAAAGGUAUCUCAUUGCUCCAACAGGACUAUUCUGGUGCUUAAAUGUCAGGGUCGGAGUGUUCAGCACCUUGCAGGAUUAAGUCCUAAAUAACUCCACAUUCUAACCUUUAAACUUCUACAUAUAAAUUUACUUCUUUUUUUGCCCUCUUCCUUUUGUCUUUACAGAAACUUCCUGAAAAUAUGGAGGAAGCCUACUGAAAUGUCAUAACAUAACUGAGAAAUACAUAUGCCGCUAGUUUAUCUAUAAAACCCCUCGUAUAACUAAGAAUACAGCUAAUCUGAAUAAUAUAUAAAAGAUUACUUAAAGUUACAUGUUAAAUAGGUUGAGAGAAUGUAUAUAAGAUGUUAAUGAGAUAUUUUAAGCAACUGAAACGUGAAUUCAGACAUGAAAAUACAGUAUGGGUUAAACAGCUAAGCUAAAAAUAAAACCAUUUUACCAUUAGUAAAGAA